AGUGUGUGGCUUUGAUCAGACGGUGCUUACAGUGAGUUCAUUCACAUUUAUGGACGCUGUAUUUUAAACUAAAUACACAAAAUUCACAGAGCAGAGUUGAGCAGCUCGCACUCAGAGCUCACUGACGGUGCUAAUCUGCUGCUCCUCUCACAGUGAGCUUUAUUUGUGAGCCUGUUAUUACUCACACAGGGAGGUGAGUAGGAGAAUUACUACUACUACUAUCACAGGACUCCCACUAGAGCCAUGAUGGAGAGUGCGGCUUUCACCGUCCCAGUGAGCUCAGUGGGACUGGGGCACAGUGAGUGUUUGGCGGCGUGCUGAUCCAAACCAAGACAGUGCACGGGCUCCUUCCAAUAGCAGCUUUAAGUGAAAAGGCGUGCCUGUCCUCCCUGCCUUUUUGCCUGCUUCUCUGCCCCCCGUCCCUCGUCCUCCCCCCUCCACCCCUCAAAGUACUCGAUGUAUAGUUAAAAAAUGGGAGGGCACACUUAAACCGAGCUGCUCUAUGAAGGUAGGCUGCAGCGUGUGUUUAUUGAUGAGAUGAAAAGAAGAUGGAAGUGAGAAAUGAAACAAAAGUAAGAGGAGCGUAUUGAAAUUGAAAAACUAGACGCGCAGUUUGACCAGGAGGAAAAACACACAGGAGGGAGUCUUGGAAACGCUGUCGCCACUUUUUUCAAAGCUUCGAAGAAGUGCAGCGUGGCAGAGUAACACAUGAUUUGGGCCGAGUGCAGUGACAGUAGAGCGAGCAGCGCCGGCCUCUGAAGUCGUCUCACUCACCAGCAGCAAACCUGACGCCUGACCCGCAGCACCCCCAUCACCAGCUACAACUCCAACCACUCACCACGGCAUCGGACUGUGACCUCAGUUGCAAGGGGAUGACCGAGCGCAUUCAUAACAUCAACCUUCACAACUUCAGUAACUCUGUUCUCGAGACCCUCAAUGAGCAACGCAAUCGUGGGCACUUCUGUGACGUGACAGUUCGAAUCCAUGGAAGUAUGCUGCGAGCUCACCGCUGCGUCCUGGCUGCUGGGAGCCCCUUCUUUCAAGACAAGCUGCUGUUGGGCUACAGCGACAUCGAGAUCCCGUCGGUGGUCUCCGUACAGUCCAUCCAGAAGCUCAUAGACUUUAUGUACAGUGGGAUCCUGCGUGUCUCUCAGUCUGAGGCCUUGCAGAUCCUCACUGCUGCCAGCAUCCUUCAGAUCAAGACGGUCAUCGAUGAGUGCACGCGCAUCGUGUCCCAGAACGUGGGCCUGGCCGGGCCAGGGGGCUUCCCUGUGAUCCCCGGAGACUCGGGACAGGACACCCCCCGAGGAACACCUGAAUCUGGCACCUCUGGACCCAGUAGUGAUGCCGAAUCCAGCUAUAUGCAAACAUCAUCACAGCAAAAUGUGGAGCGCACCAUCACAUCGCUGUACGGCUACACCAACCUGUCCCAGCUGAAUGGCAAACAGGACCGCUCCCACUACAUCAGCUCUCUGUCCAGCUAUGACCCAACUGUGGGGCCUCACAAAGACCAACAGGCCCAGGACCCCCCAUGGAUCAACCGACUGCAGGAGCGUUCAAAUCAGGGGGACCGCUUCCCAGAGUCCACCACCCACUGUCGCAAACAGCCCAGACCCAUCCGAGUGCAGAUUAAGCAGGAGGAUGUGGAUGAGUAUGGCUGCUACGAAACCCUGCCCGAGUGCCAGGACAACGGGGACAAUGCGGUGGAGAGCGAGUCCAAAGGAGAGAGCUUCGACUCUGGGGUGAGCUCCACUCUAAGCAACGAGCCGGAAGCGGCGGAGCAACAGCCAGGCUACAUGUCAGGCUAUAGCCGAGAGGCGACAGGAGAGUCCCAGCACUCUGACGGCCCCUCUGUGCAAAUAGAGGUCAAUGACUCGUCCCCAGAACAAGCCCAGGACAUGGAGGACAUAGACACGUCCCACAGCACUACUGACAGUAGCAUGAUGCAACCCCUGCAAAAUUCUGUCAUGUCUCACCCCCUGCAAAGUGCCCCACACUACACCAGCAACCUGAGGAUGCCGCUAAAUGUGACCAGCAACCCCCAAGUCAUGGGCGCUGGCAGCACCUUCCUGCCUACUCUCUUCCCCGGUCAGUCGCCCAGCAACAGCAAGCCUUUCCUGUACCUGCCCGGUCAGCAGCAGCCCCCGUUUGUGGCAGUGCCGCCGCCCUCCAUGCCUUCAUUCCCAAACCCUCUGCCUGUCCCACAGUCACCUGUGCAGCAGCCGACGGGCGCAGGCCUGACUCAGGGGGAGAAGAAGCCCUACGAAUGCACUCUGUGCAGUAAGACCUUUACUGCCAAGCAGAACUACGUCAAACACAUGUUUGUCCACACCGGUGAGAAGCCCCAUCAGUGCAGCAUCUGCUGGCGCUCGUUCUCCCUGAAGGAUUACCUAAUCAAACACAUGGUGACACACACAGGGGUGCGCGCCUACCAGUGCAGCAUCUGCAACAAGCGCUUCACCCAGAAGAGCUCCCUCAACGUGCACAUGCGCCUGCACCGCGGAGAGAAGUCCUACGAGUGCUACAUCUGCAAGAAGAAGUUCUCACACAAAACGCUCCUGGAGCGUCACAUGGCCCUGCACUGCGCCGGGGGGUCGGUGAUGGGGAUGGGCAUAGCGGAGGCGGGCGGGACGCCUGGGCCCGUGUCCAUUCCCAUGCCCAUGGCGGUACCCGAGCCCGGGGCGGGCGUGGUGGCGUUGGCCAUGCCUGUGGAAGGAGGAGCGGGCGUGGGCACAGGCGUGGGGACGGGCGUGGGCGUUGCUGCUGAGGCCAGCUGCCAAGAAGGGACCAGCUAUGUGUGCUCCGUCUGCCCUGUCAAGUUCGAGCAAAUUGAAAACUUCAAUGACCACAUGCGAAAGCAUGUCCCUGAUGGAUAAGUACAAAUAGAUAAACUUUUUUAGAAAGAAUGACAAAUAAAUGGCACUAGAUUUUCCUUUUCUUAUUUUGAUGUAUGAAGAAUAAUGAGUAUAGACACUGGCACAUUAAGUUUCCCAAUUUUUUUUCUGUUAUUCUAAAAGAAAAAAAUUGAUGGUGGCCUUAAGGCUUAGUAGUUUGAUAGUGAUCUACUGGAUGGAUCCUAACUACAGGCCUCUAAAUGUAUGCUUUCCUAAAAUCCUGAUUUAUGUGUUGAACACUACCGAAAGGCCUAGAGUGAUCACAGACACACAGACACACUGUAGUGUGGGUGAGUGUGCGGUGUGCUGUGCGCGUCCUCUGUGUGUGUGUGUGUGUGUGUGUGUGUGUGAGAGAGAGAGAGAGAGCUGCCUGAAGUCAAACUCACGGCAGCAGAAAAAUCCCAUACUGACCAGUUUGGAGACUCGGUGUCCAAGCUUACUGUGGUAUCAUUUACAACAACAAUAAGCAGAUUUGUGGGUGGAGUUAUUAUUCCCUCUUAAAAUACUGAUGGUCACAAGAUUGCCUUCUGUCAAAUAAAAUCAGAGUAGUUAAUUUGACACUGGUUUAAUGUAUUCCCAUGUUAUUAAGGGAUUACAAUGCAACUUUUGAACAGUACUAACAGUCAUCUUACUGAAGUGUCAGGGGGAGGCGACACUUCUCGUUAUAAUUGUUCUCCAUGCAUCUGAUGCUUUUGUUUACUAAAUUGAGGUGUGAAGAUGAAUAUUUGAGCAAGAAUUAUUUUUGUCUGAGGUUUGAAGUUGAACUCAUUGCAUACACUGCCACUAAUAUCUUAAAAGACUGUUAAGGCUAGACCUCUUCCAUUUUAGAAUGAGAAAAAGACAAAUUGUUUUGCUGACGUUAGCCUUUUCCAUCCACAGUUAUGGCAGGCUCAAAUAUGCGAUUCUCCUUCAUAACUGCUGCUCUUCACUUGCACCUGACUGUUAUAGGAUGUAGAGAAAAACUCCUCUAAAAGCAUUGCUUUGGACUCAGCUCCAUUGUUUUGAUUUGAUAAUCUGAUGAUAUAGAAAAGGAGGGGGAUAGGCUACUUGUAGAUUCAAAUGGUGUUAAAGAGGGACUACUUCAAUUUGAAUCAAAUUUGAAUUGAAAAUAAAUGCCACCGUGAUCCUGGCGCCGCUGUAUAACCUGUUCAUUACGAUCACAGAGCCAUUUUAGCAGCUGGCAGCUAAUUGCGCCUGAUGGAUUGGCUCUCCCCGAGGCUCAAAUGGCCUGCGACGUUGUGAGAGGAAUUAGAGGCGCGAAGGAAAACAAGUAGCUUUGUUUCUGAAAUACCACACGGUGUAGACAUUAGACAGUUGUAUACAUUCCUAUUUUCUACAGCCAAGUCACAGCACGUGCAGAGUAGACUGGACAUUAAAUGUCUCCAUGCAUGACAUCAUCUAAAGCUUUUGUGAUAAUCAUUUUGUAUCGUCUCUUCUCCACUUAGGACACACACAAACACACACAUGCAACUGCAAAGGAGGAGCUCUAUUGUGUGAGUGAACCCUUUCUCAGUUGUAUUGUUUUAAAAUAAUUAACAGCAGAAGGUGGUCUUGAAAAGACUGCCGCACAGUCCGAAAAAAGUGCUCCUUUGCACAUUUUACUGAAAAAAUUAGAUUUUUUUUUUUUUUUAAUGGCCGUAUAUGAUUUUCUAUUAUUCAAUUUCAAAAGGAAAAAAAAAAAAAACAUUUAAGUGGACUGCAUUAUUUUCUUGCAUAUAUGUUGCACUGCUUAAACCAAUAAGUGCACUACUGUAACAAAGAUGUAGUUUUAGAAAAUAUUUGUUCAACUUUUGUUCAUUCAACAUUGGUUGUAGACUUCUUCAAUACUCUGACAGUUCUUUAUUUAGGGCUUGCAGUUACCUACAGUAUAUCUUGUUGUUAUAAUGCAAGCAUUUGAUUUUACCGUUAAUUUGUGCUCAUAAUUGUCUAGAUUCAUUCUUUUAUGGCAUCACUUCCCUAUAAACUUUUUGCUAUAUUUUUUAAAAACAGAUUUUCCUUUGAAAACAUCCAAUCCAAACAACAGUUAAUGCUACGUGAGUCCAGCUCAGUGGGCGGAGCUUAUCCUGAUGAUAUAAAUAAUACUUAUACUAUGUGUGUGUCACAUACAGUUGUGUGUCUAGACCUCUGUAGUGUUGGAGGAAUGCAGCUUCUUCAGUAUCUGUCCCUUUGUGCACAGUCCUUAGUGUUUGUGUGUGAGUGUCCGUGUGUCGUCAGCCUAAUCAAACUGUUGAUAAGUGGUGUAUCUCAACUGUAGGGCUUCCGUUGCUAUAUGCAGCACAGGUACUACAUAGUACUCAUAUGAGAAGCAGCUCCCCAAAACCUUUUCCACGGGCUCAUAGAUCGCCUGGGACACUUGUGCUGAGGUCGUCCAACUGCUACUAUAGACUGUAUGUGUGCGAGGGAACAGUGGGCUGGUCCGCAGUAUAAAAAGUAGCACAUUGUUGAACAUUUGAUUGGGCCUGUCCUCUCUGGUCUGCAUAUAAACCUAAAAAAAGUGUAUGGUUCUUGUUGUAGCUGUUGCCAGGACGGUGAUAUUGCUGCAUGCUAGUAGUAGUGCUAUAUUUGUCUCUACACAGCACGUGGAGGGUGAAUCUCUUGCCUUAACAGACAAUGCACUAAAUAGAUUAUACUAUAAGCAACUGCCGAAAUCUCUCUUUCCAACAGUAUUGCCACAUGUUUUUUCAGGCACACAGCUCAUUGAAGUUGUCUGUUUCAAGUUUAACACUGCCAACACCAUCAAAAAAAAUGGAAAAAAAUCGCAAAGGCAGAGAAUUUUUCAGUGUGUUACCUAGCAUUCCUUCAUGGCACCGUAACUUUUUUGCAUAUUUUUUGUGUGAACACAUAUAUCCAAAAUGCACUAUUGACUGUAGCUAUAGUUCAACCAGCUUUGUUGUAUCAUUGGUCUAAAUACAGUAGUAGGUUAAGUAGCUCAGUGUCAUUAUUUAUAAUUUCCAACGUUCACUACUCAAUUGUACCACUUUUUUUUUUUCCUUUUUGUGUCAGAAUAUCAAAAGUAGCCAAUUUGAUCCGGAUGAGCGUUAAUAACUUGUCCGCUUGUCAUGUUGUAUCAUAGUGGAGUUUUUGAUAGCAGAGCGGGCUUUCGAAGUAUAGAGGAGGAACUCUUGUCUAGUGUCAAAACUGUGCUAUAGCAAAAAAAUCCCAGGCUUUGUCCAUGAAUCCUUUUCUUUUGGCAUCACACUCUUCAUAUAAUAUAAUAUCUUUCUGCUUCAGCUAUUUGUCGUGGUCAUCUUUUUACAUUUUGCAAAAAAAAGUUAAAAAACAUCCAGAAAAUACUCUUUAAUCGUGCUUCUUCUAGCUGUUAGUUUGACGAAAAAAUAGUUUAUGUUUGCAAACUGUACCAUAUUUUUCCAGAACAAAAUACAUAUUGAGUAGAUAAUAGCCUUGAGCCUGCAGCUGUUUGUAAUGUGUCUCCAAUAUAUUACUGUUCUGUUUAUCUUAGCGUAGAAACACAGGGUCUACAAUACAAUGUUGUCCUGCUUGCCGUAUGUUUAAUUCAUAUUUUAUUUCCUGCUUCUUUUUUGAUUUCUGGUGAUAAUAGUGGUGUUGUUUAUACAUAGCUUCACGCAACUGGAUAGUAAUAUUUUCACAGUGUACUAUAAUAUAUGCAUAAUAUACAUAACAAAACAAGGAAAUGGAAAAAAAAAAAAAAAAAAAAAAAAAAAACAGUAAAAGGGUUUAGGGCAUGUUGGAACAUUUUAUUUAGAGAAACGUCCGUCUAUACCUGUCUGCAUAUACAUCUUUUACUUUGAAAUACAGUUCACUGCAUCUUUGUCCUUCUACAAUACUACGCAUUAUAGUGAAUACAGAUAUAUAUUUAAGUCAUGGUGUCCACACAGAAAGAUUACAGAUAGUUUGAGAGUAUACAAUACCUUUUGGGAUAUAGGGAAUAUGCCUAUCAAGUGCCUAUCAGUACAUAUUACAGCAACUAUAACAGGAGUCAUAGUUUUUCUCUCCUAUAUUGCACAGCUAUACAGAUACAGAUGGUAAUAUUUAUACUACUAUACUACAAACCUGCUGGUCAUGAUCCCCGUAGAACCCUUUAAGAUAUUCAGAGGAUAUAUUCAUACUAGUUUAUGUCUACUAUACAAACUGGAGGAUUUUAAAAGUCAUUUCUCAUUGUGUGCAUGGCUUUUACAAAUUCCAUUUUCGUUCAAUCCGCAAAGAAGCCAUAUACUGUACUGUACUGUAUCUGCGAGGGGGAGGAAGAGUCAGUGGCGCUUUAUGACCACCAGAGGGAGCCAAACACAUCCAUAGCCUGUAAUACACACACACACUGCCCUGGCAAAAAUCCAGUAUAUUUUUGGGAAUGAAUAUUUCCAAGUUUGCAUGGCAACAAGUGAUGUCAGCGGCUCCUCUGGUUCCUACUGUAACGGGAAGGUUUUUCUGCUGCAGUAACAGGUUCUGAUUGGUCCUUGGAUGACCUCUUGACCUUUGUAGUAAACCUCUCCACAUGCAAGCCACUGGCCUCCUCCCCCUAACAAUUCAUAUAUUUUCAGAUGAUUGACAGCUUCUUUUUUUUUUUUUUUCAAAUUUCUGUUCCAUUUUUAUUCUUAUGGGAUUUGUAAAAGACAAGCCUAGAGCAAGAAAAAAGUCAUUAUUAUUUUUCUCCCAAAAUUAUUUGGAAGACAUUUUGGCGAGCGAUAAAUGAAUGCUACAGAAAUGUUGUGCACAGAGGGACUUAAGUGAUUGGUUUAUUGGGACUUGAAAAGCUUGGAGAAUAUGGUGGAGAAAUAGCCACACAAUUUGGGUGGUUUCAAAAAUGACUGAGAUAAAAGGCUUUGCGAUUGGCUUAUUAAAACAUCCCCUGCGGACCAAUUACUAGAGCUGCAGCCUUCACCUUCUCCAGCCACUGUUCUCUGCCAAAUUUAUUUUUAAUUAAAACAAUAGCAAAUAACCGCAAACUGGUGGGGAAAAAGAAUUACUAGAAUUUGCUUUUAUUGUUUAUUAAUUUUGACUUUUCCAAUCCUCCACACUUUUCAUACUUUCAACCAAUAGGAGAAAAGAGCUAUGAUUUAAAAAGACACACUCUUCAGCCAUUUUGUUUCAUAUAGACUUAAUAGAAUACAUUGAAAAUAUAGGCAAGGUGAUAUAGCGAGUCCCUUUCAUCCUACUGUAAUACACAACAGCAUCAGUCUCUACAUCACUCCACACAGCCAGAUUGUAGUUCUCAAUGAGCUUUACGCAGCUAUCUAAGCUAUAACAUAACAUAGUCUAUGAUAUAGUGUGACGUCGCUUUCUCAAAACAUGCAGUUCUUGCUAUUUGCUGGUAACUUCUCUGCAGUCAUGUCUGUACAACCUUUCUUUCUCUGCUACUUUAUUUGAAGGCUUUUGUUUUUGAGGUGUAUUUCUGCCUCAAGAUUACACCUACAGUAGUCUACUAUUGCCACCGUCGUCUCAGCUCAGUCCUGCACCCUGUAUUGUAAAAACACAUGCAUUCCUGUCCAGAACAUUCCAGCUUCUUGUCUGGCAAUAAUGUUUUUCCACAUUUGAAAAGAAAAAGAUCAAAUUUUCCAGCAUUUAAUUGUACAUCUUUAGUGGAUUUGAAAGCGUGCAUUGUCUAUUAUUGCAUAGUUUACAAUGCAGUGGAAAUGGAUUUUCUUGUCAUGAGAGGGUCUCUGGGCUGAGCUCUAGGCGGGCUGGUAUUCUUGGUGCUGUUGUUUAGGCAGGCACAUCAGAGCAGUCAGAGUGAAUGGGGCCAUAGCAAUGUGUAGACAGUGGACAAAAGUGUUUUAGACAAUGUUUUUGUUCCCAAACCAAAGAAAGUGCAGAUGUUUUAAGUUUUCCGGAGGACAGUUUUGCUCUUGUUGUGAUCAGGCUAGAGGCGCUUUAGUCCGGUGAGUUUUUCAUCAUGCAGGGUGCUUGUCAAAGUCUAUCCAUGUGUUGUCACUUGAUCACUAUUGGUUGUGUUAUAACUUGCCUGUUGUAGACCAAAAUAGAAUUUUAUAAGAAAUGCAGCAAAAAUAGAAAAUGAAUGGGAUAAAUAAAAACGCAUUGCUCCAGGAAAAAUGAGGUUACAUCAGUUGAAUUUUCUACACACUUUUAGCACACGUUUAGUGUUGAUGCCUAUGUCUUUUUAGUUUGUGAAAUGUCCUAGUGUUCUUAGACUCCCUAAAUUUGUAAUUUAACUUGGAACGCAUUUAGCCAUUUAUAUACUUGAGAUGGACCAAGAUUUUAAGUUUGCACAUAUUUGUAGUUUUUUUCUGAAGCCAAAAAAGAACGAAUCAUACACAACUUCUCAAAAAAGGAAAAAAUAUGACUUAUCUCAGAUCAAAAGCAUUAAUCAGUGCCAGCCACCACUACCAUCUACUACAGUUUAAUUUACUAAAUAAUGGAAACCAAACCGAAAACUACAAUGAGGUCCAAAUAUGGUCAUAUGUAUUUAUCUAUUUUUAUAAAAGCAGCACAGUACUGCAAAGUGGAUAUAAAUUGUUUGGAAGAAUUUGACAAUAUUUCUAAGGUUGAUCUGAGUAGAUGAAUCUGCUGUAUAAUCGUAUCCGAAAAUAGGAUAAAAAUCACAUUGGACAAUAUUGGUCCCUCUGGUAGGUUGUUGUCAAGCUUAUUGCUGCCAUAUCUUGUAUGUAGAUGCUUUUGUAAAGAAAAAUGCACUUGAGUUGAAUUGUGAGAUGUGUAUAUUUUGUUAGUUUUUUUUUUUGUUUUUUUUUUUUUUCAGCUUAUGUUAGCUUGCUAUUUUUAUUAUUAUCCUGGCAAAGCACUUGCCCUUUUCAAAACUUGGCGGAAGUGGAGCUGUUAUAGUCACGGUAUAGUUUUAACAUCACAACUAAGCAGACCCUGAAAUAUAUGCUGCAGUAACGUGUUGUCGGUUGUUUUUGAAUAAUUUAUGCUCCAAGUUGCUUUGUAUUUUAUUAUUAUUAUAUUAUUAUUAUUAUUAUGUUAUUGUUAUGAGACAAGCUUGUUUGAAAUGUAUUGACUGCUGUUUUGAAAAAUGUGCAAGGAACGUUUUGUAAUGUAAUUUGUCAAACACUGGACUGGAGGGAGAUUUGACAACAUUUUCCAAGUUGAGAGAUGUUUUUGAUGGACAGAACUGCACAAAAAACAUGGCCGCUCUAACACCAGUCUGCAGUUGGAAGACAAUGGAUUUUUUUUUUCUUUUGUGCUGGUUAAUUGCAUUGAGGGGUUACCCAUAAAUGGAAUAUUUUUCCUUCCAAAUUCUUGCAUAUUCUAAUCAUUUUUGUACUGACAAAGGGAUACCACUUGACAGCAAUCCACUGAUCCCAAUCAUCUGGUUGUUGCUAAUAGAAAAAAAAUGUAUCUUUUUGCAUCAACUGCCACUUCUCAAACCAGAAAAGAGAUUUGCACUAGACUUAUUUUGGUCUUCGUUCUUCAAAAAGCAAUAUAAUUCACCGAUAUCAUCCGACCGUCGCCUGCCCACAGUGGGAAUGCUGAGUAAAUGGUGAUUAAUUUUAUUUUGUAUUGAAAGGUACAGAAUUGGUUUUUAGAAAUGCACAUUUGUGUGUUAUUGUACGUAGCAGUUUUUGAUAUUAUCCAGCACUUAUCCCUUGAGUAAUAGUGUCCAAAAAUAUAUUGAGGGGCAUUACAUUAAAAAACUGUUGUUUCCUCCUUGUGGUUGUUUUGGACAAAUCAAGCCGCUCUUGUAAAUCAGAAAGACAUUGGGAUGCAUGAGGGAAGAUUCCCAUUGGUCACGUUGUCAUUUUGUCUUCAUCACAUAGCCGCCAUUAUUCCAUCUUUCAGCAAACAUACACACGUACUGUGCGUAACACCACCAAAAACCAAAAUACAAACCAGCUGCCCACUAUCACACACCUCUCCAUGUUGUCCAGGAUGCUUUAAAAAGUCUAAUAAUAAAACACACAUCAUCUGGAGUAAAAAACUAAAUGCACCUUUAUCUCAUCUCCAUCGGUCGAGAAUCCUGUUUCCAUUUUCACACAAGGUCACUUAACACCUGUCACUCUGACCGUCUGUCAUUGGUGUAAAUUUUGACAAUAAUUCAGUGAAAUUUCACCAUUAUCUGGAUGUAGUAGCUUUCCUGUUUUCACAGCUUUGUGGUGUUGUUGAAAGAUGUUGCGGUUUGUCUAAAUAUGUUGCGUGUUAGAGGAAGCAUAAGUAUGUGCCUUCUUGUACUCUCCUUGGUGAGCUUGUAAUUAUUGAGAAGCUGAAGCCAGCCAAUUGUGUUUGCACUAAAAACCAAAUUGCUUUUCGUGAUGUGGACUAUUUAAGCAAGCUUGUUGCGUCACUUUAACCGUACAGUAUGCAUGAGGGUGAAUUGGUAAGUUUUAGGGCUAGAGCUCUCAUCUGUUGACCUGUAAACCAGUGCAGCUUAGAGGAUCUUGUGAAUAUAUCUUGGCUUAGUUCUGCAUUCAGUUUUCAAUCCCAUCUCCUUAUCAAGUUUGUCACAAUUUCAACAGUAAUAAAAAAAUUUAAAAAAUGAUUUAUAAAAAGUAAAAAAACACAUACCAUGAUUACAUACAAUACAGCUUUUACUUUCACAUACCACAGUUAGAUGUAACACACCUGCAGGAGAGUCACGUUCUCUUCAUGAAAAUGCAUGAAUAUACGAGGUCGCCUCGAGACUAUUGGU